AUGUCGUAUACACGUUUGUCAUCAAAUAUAGGCAAGCUGCUUACUAGGUGCUUGAAAUGGAUAAAAGCUAUGGAAUCUGCUACUGAAUGUAAAGGAAUCAGUAUUACAGCUUCUGGUGGCAGCUCGGCGGCGGGAGGGCUGCGGGGUGGCCUCGCUGGGACGAAGCGGGGCCCGGCAGGAGCAGCGCGGCACCGGCGACCUCGUACGAAGUGGGCGGCUGCGGAGCAGGGCCACGGCGUCGGCGCGACGCGGGGCCACCGUGUUUGGGAGCCUCGGCGCCCAGGCUGUUCAGGCCCGGCCCGGCCCGGCCCGCCUGGGCUCCGCCGGCGCUGCCCCCUCCCAUCUUCCUGCACGGGGAGCCGCGGCACGCCCGUCUGCGCCCUGUGCCCUCCCCCGGGGCUCUGGAUGGAGCGAGCGCAACUUCAGCCGCCGCGGCCGCUUUCAGCCCUCUCCUCCCCGUUCUCACCCCGUCUGCGUAGCCUCCCCUUCUCGCCUGAGAAGCGCAAAGUUGCGUUGAGACGGUACCUCGGCUGUAGCGCGAGUCUAACGAGCCCAUUAAAUAUGAUCAACGUACCGUCUGCACGGAAUGAAACCAUUCUCAGUCCUGAUUGCUCCAAAGAGGAAUCACGUUUUACCUCCCACCUUCCCAACCUUCGUUCUCCCGGCGGACACACGCGUGUAAUUACUGGCGAUUGUGCAAAUGCAGCCCUCAGCAAAAGCACGCCGAUCACCAGGUGAUCUGGAAAUAAAUGAUGGAUCGCUUUGUGGACGGGCGAGGGGAGAGGAAGACUCGUUAGUGCAGAUGCUAAGCGAGGAGUAAAGCUGCCUGAGAGCACUCUGCCGUGAUUGCUUUCUUACAUAACUCUCUGUCUUCACUGCGGACCGCUCCGCUCAGGAGGGAGAAAGAAGCAUAAACCCAAAGCCGGGCCUUUCGAGUGCGGGGUUCCCCUCCUCCAGGAAAGCAGAGCUUCGGGGCGCAAUCAUUUACUUCUGUGAUCAUCACUGGGUUUCCUGGCAAGGAGGCUGAGCGGGCUUUUUUCUUAACCUCCUGUGUUUUUGUUUUUUGUUUGCUCAGAUGACAUUCCCUGCUUCGAUGCCCUCCCCGCCUCCUU